UAGCAAUCUCUUGUAGUGAAAAUUGUACAAAAUGAUAAUACGUCUUUCAUGUACAGUUAUACUUAUAUCUUUUGUCGCAUUAUCCGCGAGCAAAACAACAAAAGCCCUCAAACAUGACGUGAGGAAAUUCCCUGAUGGUUUUAAAUUCGGAACAGCUACAGCUUCGUAUCAAGUAGAAGGAGCCUGGAAUGAAGAUGGUAAGACAGAAAACAUCUGGGAUGUCCUUAGUCACAACGAGAACUGUCUCGUCAAAGAGUGCCACACCGGAGACAUUGCUGACGACUCGUACCACCAGGUCGAACGUGAUGUCGAAAUGAUGCGGGAGCUGGGUCUGGAUUACUACAGAUUCUCACUGUCAUGGGCCAGGAUUCUACCAAACAGUUUCUCAGACGAAAUCAACGAAGCAGGAGUUCAAUAUUACAACGAUCUAAUAAAUGAAAUGCUAAAAUAUAACAUCGAGCCCAUGAUUACGCUGUACCAUUGGGACCUGCCACAAAAACUACAGGAAGUUGGUGGAUGGACUAAUCCACAUAUCGUCGAUUGGUUUGCUGAUUAUGCACGCACAUGUUUUGAGCUUUUUGGAGACAGAGCAAAAAUAUGGAUUACUAUAAACGAACCUCGUGAAGUUUGUCUGCAAGGAUACGGCAUUGGAGCUCUGGCACCUUUGCUCACUCACUCAGGAUGGGCUGAUUAUAUGUGUGCUAAGAAUUUACUCGUGGCUCAUGCAAAAGCAUAUCAUAUUUACGACCAAGAAUUUAGACCUACGCAGGGUGGAACUAUAGGAAUAGCACUAAGUGCGUACUGGCAAGAGCCUGAAACUGACAGCGAAGACGAUAUUAAUGCUGCAGAAGAUUGCUUACAGUUUAACUGGGGAAUAUAUGCUAAUCCUAUUUACUCUGAAAAAGGAGACUUCCCAGUAGUUAUGAAGGAGAAGAUUGCUGCUAAGAGCGCCGAACAAGGAUACCCGCGGUCCAGAUUGCCAGAAUUCACUCCAGAAGAGGUGGAAUACAUCAGAGGAACUGCAGAUUUCUUUGGAUUAAAUCAUUAUACUACAGAAUUGGUGUUCAGAAACGCGUCUGUGUAUGGAUUCCACAAAUCUCCUUCAGCAAACGACGACAUGGAUGCUAUCGCCUAUCAACCAGAUAACUUUGAAUCCUCUGCUGCAAAUUGGCUUAAGGUUGUUCCAUGGGGCUUCUACAAGCUGCUGUCGUAUAUCAGAGAAAACUAUAAUAACCCUACAGUUUACAUCACUGAAAAUGGGUACGCAUCGUCUGGUGGUAUAGAAGACGACGAGCGCAUAUCAUACUACGUGCGGUAUAUUUCAGCCAUGUUGGAUGCUAUGGAAGAAGGAUCUGAUAUUCAGCGCUACACCGCCUGGAGUCUCAUGGACAACUUUGAAUGGAUGAGGGGAUACACUGAGCGGUUUGGUCUCUACGAAGUGGACUACGAAGACCCGGCGCGCACGCGCACCCCGCGCAAGUCCGCGUUCGUGUACAAACAGAUGCUGCGCACGCGCGAGCUCGACCCGCACUACGAGCCGCCACAGGGACAACUCAUGACCAUCGACGACGGACCACCGCAACAAACAGUGACUCUCAGUCUGAAGUGUGAAUACCUAAUACCUGAGAUGUUUCGUCACUUAUGUUUAGUCAUACUUGUAUAUUGCGUAGCACUUUCCGCUAGCAAAGCAACAAAAUCCACUAAAGAUGAAGUGAGAAAAUUUCCUGAUAAACUUAAAUUUGGAACAGCUACAGCUUCAUAUCAAAUAGAAGGCGCUUGGAAUGAAGAUGGUAAGUCGGAAAAUAUCUGGGACGUCGUUGCUCACAGGCCAGAUUGCGCCGUCAAAGAAUGCCACACCGGAGACAUCGCCGACGACUCCUACCACCAGGUCGAACGGGACGUCGAAAUGAUGCGGGAGCUGGGUCUGGAUUACUACAGAUUCUCACUGUCAUGGGCCAGGAUUCUACCAAACAGUUUCUCCGAUAAGGUCAAUGAACUCGGAGUUCAAUAUUACAAUAAUCUAAUAAACGAAAUGCUGAAGUAUAAUAUCGAACCCAUGAUUUCACUGUACCACUGGGACCUGCCACAGAAACUACAAGAAGUAGGUGGAUGGACCAAUCCACAUAUCGUCGACUGGUUUGCAGAUUACGCACGCACGUGUUUUGAGCUUUUUGGAGACAGAACAAAAAUUUGGCUUACGAUAAACGAACCUCGUGAAGUUUGUCUACAAGGAUAUGCAGACGGAAGUAUGGCACCCUUGCUUACACAUUCAGGAUGGGCUGAUUAUAUGUGUGCUAAGAACUUGCUAAUGGCUCACGCAAAAGCAUAUCAUAUUUACGAUCAAGAAUUUAGACCAGCACAAGGUGGCACUAUAGGCAUGGCAGUAAGUGCGUAUUGGUAUGAGCCAGAAAGUGACAGUGAAGAUGACAUUGCUGCAGCCGAUGCUGCGACUCAAUUUAACUGGGGAAUUUAUGCAAAUCCUGUUUACUCAGAUGAGGGAGACUUUCCGGCCAUCAUGAAAGAGAAAAUCGCUACUAAGAGCGCCGAACAAGGAUACCCGCGCUCCAGACUGCCGCAAUUCACACCAGAAGAGGUGGAAUACGUCCGAGGAACCGCAGAUUUCUUCGGAUUAAAUCAUUAUAGCUCCAAUUACGCCUAUAGAAAUGCUUCAGUUUAUGGAUCCCAAAAGUCCCCUUCGAUGUACGACGACAUGGAUGCUAUUUUCUAUACACCACAAAAUGUUCCAGGAUCAGCUGCAGAUUGGCUCAAGGUAAUUCCAUGGGGCUUUUAUAAACUUCUCGUAUACAUCAAAGACAACUUCAAUAAUCCACCGAUUUACAUCACUGAAAAUGGCUACGCGUCGGAUGUUGGUUUGGAGGACGACGACCGUAUAUCAUACUACGUGCAGUACCUUGACGCCAUGCUGGACGCCAUGGAGGAAGGGGCCGAUGUUCGCGGUUACACUGCCUGGAGUCUCAUGGACAACUUCGAAUGGUUGCAGGGAUACACCCAACGAUUCGGACUGUACGAGGUGGACUACGAGGACCCGGCGCGCACGCGCACGCCGCGCAAGUCCGCGUUCGUGUACAAACAGAUGCUGCGCACGCGCGAGCUCGACCCACACUACGAGCCGCCACAGGGACAACUCAUGACCAUCGAUGACGGACAUUGAUGACCAGUGAACAGAUCUAUGACAAUGUAGACUACAAUACCAAAAAAAAAACAUGAAUUAACUUUUACUCGAAUUAAUGUACGCAAAAUUACAGAAUAAAAUGUAUUGAAUUGACAAUAUAAUAAAUUACGUAAUAUAUUUGUUUAUAUAUUU